AUGAGAGGCGGAGCAAGGAUGACCAAGAUUGGUAAGAAGAUCUACAAAAGGAAGAUGAGAGCGAGGAAGAACAAGAGACCCAAGGGAAAGAAAAUACCUAAACAGCUCAUCUUCAAAGCUGAGCCAUACUCUUCGGACAGUGAAGAGAUGGCCAUUGCUAAACACGAAGAAUCUGUAGAUGAGAACAAGGAUCGCGAGCACAUGUUGAGCGACGACAUGGGGAAAAAUGAGAGUAAAGAGCUGCUGCAUACCAAAUAUGGUGGUGUCAACGAGGAUGGCACGGACGGUACAGACGCGGCAGAAUUUGAUGGAGUCUUCUAUUAUCGUCCACGGAACGAAACUGAUGCUGAAUGGCAACAUGAAUUCGAGGAGAAGUUCAACAAGCUGUAUCAGAAGCUUGCAGAGCUCCAUAACUCAACGGAGACAGUCUAUCGAUACAUGGAUGAGGACCCUUGGUGGAGCGCAACCUGGAGGAAACGACAAGACCUGACAGAGUACUUUGCGAUGAACGCCUUGGUCAAUUUACAGUAUGUUGAGCUGAUGGACGAAUACAUGAAGUUGAAGAUUGAGGGGAAAUGGUUUCCUGAGCACAAGAUUGGAUUUCGGAUCUCCGAGACGAAAAAGAUGCUGGAGCAAUUAGAACAGCAGCGACCAGAGAUCUCGAAACAAAUGCAUGACGUACUACAUGCGUUUAUUUCGCAAGACAAGAUGGAAGAUAAGGAGAGAGCAAGAGUAAAGGCAAAGCUGAAUAUCUCUGAAUCGGAGGACGACAUUCAGAAACCGAUCAUGUUGGAAGAGUUCUUGCAGUUGACCAAUCUGGCAUCGUCUGAGGACCUCAAGCGGAGAGAGAAAAGGCUGGAGCGUGAGGAUCAAAAGAAGAAACUUGCAAUUGAGUACAAAGGGAAAGAAAAUGAUGUGGACUUUUGGAAGGGCAAACUCAAGAAUGCGAUCAACCUGCAGGAAAGCUUUGGAACUUGCUUGAGCGCUGUGACCUGUGAAGCAGGAGGGCGUUAA